ACGGCCCACGUAAUUUCACAACAAGCAUUUAUGACUAAAAUGAUUCCGCCGGUACCCACCUCAGCCGUUAUGAUGCCUACGCCAAAGCAAAAAAUCGGCUUCAGCAUUGAGUCGAUUGUUGGUAAUGAUGCCAACAAUUCAUCACCACCACCAUCACAAAAUACCGUCGGUGAUGUGAGACCCCAAGCUCACAGCACCCCCAAUUCAGAGGAUACCAACAGCAACAAUAACCCCUCCUCACCACCACAGACUCCACCAGCCAUGACCAGCUUGCCACCACAUCAUCCGCAUCACUUGAUGUCUGCUGGACAUCCCGCUCAUCCUCACAUGGCUGCCCAUCACUUGUCCAUGGCCCAACAGCAGGCUUUGCAUCAGCAUUUGUUGAUGCAACACCAGCAACAACAACAAAAUGCCGCCAAAGCCGAAAUUACGGAUAUUAUCCAGCGUCUGCACAAUUCCGCCGCCGCUGCCCAUUUGAAUAAUAGCAAUACCAGCAACUCCACCUACAGUCCUCCACCACCCCACACCCGCCUAUCACCCGAUGUUGAGUCUUCCAAUUCAAGUUCUCAACAUCAAAUGCACCUGCCCAAUUUGAAACGUGAACGAUCACCGGAUAGGGGACAAGAUCAAUUGCAAAAUCCUGCCCAAAGACAUCAGCCACCACAUACCCCACCAAAAUCGGUGUCACCUCAAUCACAUCCCUCACCACCACCCAGCAGCAAUCUGAGCAGUAGCCCUGCCACACCUCAACAUUAUGGCAAGCCACCACAAUCGGCUGGACUUACGCCGAUUAUGGUACCUGGUAUGCCCCCAGCCAACAUUGUAAGACCCUUCCCAAUGGGUCCCGGAGUUGCUGCCCCACCACCACCUCCACCACAGCAGGGAAUGCCUGACAUUAAGGCAUUGCCACCAUACAUUAAUGCCCCACCAGAAUUGCCACCACAACAUAAUCCUCAUUUAAUUGCUGCUGCCCAAUUCCAAAUGGCCUUGCAGGCUGGACAUGUUUUGGGUCCGGCAGCAGCGGCGGCAGCUGCCGCUGGUUUGCCUCAUCAUGCUGGGCCAUUUAUGGCUGGACCUGGUAUGCCCCGGGAUAGUUAUCCCCUAUACCCAUGGCUUUUGAGCCGACAUGGCAGAAUUUUCCCACAUCGUUUUCCAGGAAAUUUCCUUUUGCAACCUUUCCGCAAACCCAAACGCAUUCGCACCGCCUUCUCACCAUCUCAGCUGUUGAAAUUGGAGCAUGCCUUUGAGAACAAUCAAUAUGUGGUGGGUGCCGAACGUAAAGCCUUGGCUCAAUCCCUCAAUCUCUCCGAGACCCAAGUGAAAGUUUGGUUCCAAAAUCGUCGCACCAAACACAAACGCAUGCAACAAGAAGAUGGUAAAGAAGGUUCCGAUCGCAAAGAUGGUAGCUGUGAUGAAGAAGAUGACGAACUGAUCGAUAUGGAAAUGGAUGAUUGUCCAUCGGAUGAUGAACAUGAAUUGGAUGCCAGCCACUAAG